CCAAACCAGUGGCACGUAUUGCAAUAUAAAAUAUACAUCAAAUGUAAAGAUCGCCUUUAUGCUAACUAUUUUAUAUCAUUUCAUGCUUACACAGGCCACACAAAAUACAUGUAUUCAUUAACUUAAUAUCUACAAAAUUUGUGGGUAAAACAUGAUGUCAACAAGGUGGGUGAUCUUUAAUUGGGUGGCAAUGACUAAACUAGUAAUAGGCUUAUGCAAUGACAUGUAUCAACGCGCUGAAUUAUUUUUAAUAGCAAACACUUGGCUACUCUAUUAACGUUUGGAUCCAGACCAUCUACAGUGAUGCUUAUCAAAUACCCGUUUUUGUUACGAGCUUAACAACAUGAAUAAAAUCAAAUUCACCUUCAUAAAAGCACAUGGCCAUGCCAUUAAAAAUAUGACUUGUAAAAUGGAGGCCGUUUAACUGUGCGCUGGUUAGGCUUUCCCCUUUAUCUCCGACGUUCUCUCCCACAGUCACGUGCCUCAUACAUCCAAUCCAAUCUCUGCAAUGGUUCAACUUAUCAGAGGUCUGUAGUUCACAGUGAAGUCAAGUAGUUACUUGAUUUCCACGGAUUCUGCUUUUGUGUCCGUUUGAUUGUGGGUGUAUACUUGCAGCUGGGUCUCGGUUUUAUUAUGUCGACAUUAGGGACAUUGAGCUACUACGCUGACUCACACAUUCCACACGAGAAUGAUGAUAAUUUGGUACCGAGGUUCUCAUCUGGACCUGUGGUCCAGCAGCAGGCUCGAGAGCUGACGCUACUUGAAUAUGGCGAGCAGGAGUCGUACACCUUCCAGGCCAAAUCGUCUAUUUUUGGCGCAUCAUGGAGUCCCGUGCAGCCUCCUGGCAGUGCAUCCAUCGCUUACCACCCGUACAUUCAUCAUCCGUGUUCAACAGGAGAACCCGUGGAUGGAGCAUCCGUGCGUUCCUGGGCUUUAGAGCCGCUGUCUGCGUCCCUGCCUUUCACGGGAUUAUCUGCAGAUAUGCACCAUGAUAUCAAACUUGAACCAAUGGUCGGAAAUGGUGAGAGCGGGACGCAUACACUCCUAGUGCCCGAGACAGACAACAAUACAACCCAGAAAGAAAGGAAGAUACCGGACGAUGCAAUUUCCAGCGAGUCACAAGAUGAGAAAACUUCAGCAGAGACCAAGCAUGAUAUAGACCCAAAUAACCCUGCGUCCAACUGGCUACAUGCGAAGUCUACUAGGAAAAAGCGCUGUCCUUACACUAAGCACCAAACUCUUGAGCUGGAGAAAGAAUUUCUGUUUAAUAUGUACCUCUCGCGUGACCGUAGAUACGAAGUGGCAAGACUCCUAAAUCUCACCGAGAGACAAGUCAAAAUUUGGUUCCAAAACCGUAGGAUGAAGAUGAAGAAAUGCAAUAAAGAUCGUCCAAAAGACAUUUAAACGAGGAAUGUAAAUGCGCACUGCAGUGGAUGAAGUUAUCCGGUUCGUGCGACAGUGUUUGUGAAUUAGCCUGUCUUUUCCCUCAUUCAUGCACAACAAAAGUAGAUUAUUAUUGAUAGUACAUGAUUAUUAUUGAUAUACUGUUAAUUUUGUAAUAUGUUAGAUGUACAUUGCACAAACCUUUGAUCUGAGAGUAUGCUUGUAUAUAUGGUUGUGUCUUUGUGUACAGCUUGUUGUUGAUAUAGUUCUCUUCUUUUUGGCUUGCUUGUUGUGGGCCUAGCUCUUAGCAAAGUGUACAUUUUAAAUAUGUUAAAAUUCUGUUGAGUUUUUUUUUUAAGUUCCAGUUCAUGAUUUCAGGGAAAUUCAAGGAUCUGCGAUAUAAAAUAAUGAUUAUUUGCAUGAAUAUCAGAUUUUGUUUUUUU